AUAUGUUAACUGUGUUCAAAAUUUUGUUGUCUGUUGUUUCAUGUAUAUCAAACAACAAGCAAAACAUUUGAUAUUGUACCUUGAUUUUGAGCUUGUAAUUUCUGGAGAUCUGCAAAUAAAUCAUGAGGCAAUUAAACAGUGGAUGAAAGUGGGACGUCAAGUUCAGAAACGCCUUAAAUCAUAAGCUCUAAGAAAAGCAAUUAAGGUUCACUUGGUGAUUUAUAUCAUGUUAGUUGAGUUUCAACACUGAGAAAUAAAAUACCCAACACAGGUGCAACUACCUUUUUAAACAUUUGCCUUACCUGAAGGAGGCUGGUUUUCCAAAGCAUUACCAGGCUUGGCUACAAGAAAAUGAGGUUUCACAGUUUUAACAUAAUAUGUUAACUGUGUUGUAAUUUCUGAGCAAGAAAAUGUAUUGCAUCAUUGCAACACAACACAAGUUCAACUAUUUUUUUAAAACAGCUGCCUUGCUUGGAAGAUAAUUACUUGCUCCGGCCUCCUUGCUUUGCUAUUUUUUAAAAACACUUGCCUUACCUGAUAGAAGCUCAGUUCCUGAAGCCUCCACAUCUUUGUCAUCUAGAAGAAAAUGAGGUUUAACAGCAUGAAAAUCAAUUUUAUCUUCCUCAAAGCCACCAAAAAUGAAUACAUCAAUAAAAAUACAUAGAAAGCAUCAAGGCAUUUGUUUCUUGUGUGUCUUGUCUCUAAACCUUAAGGGCAGAUUCGGUGUAAAACCUUCUAGAGUAACUGCACCCCUUCUGUGGAUGUCAUUUUCAAGAAAUUAUGUUUACAUAUACCCGUGAAUAAAUUGUCCUCAAAAUGUGUGCGACUUGUAUUUUGGACUUGUGUCUUACAAGUUGGACUCUUGUCAAGUCAGACAAUUUAACAUUUCAUUGAUUUUUAUCAAACAAUCYGCAAAACAUGUCAUAUUGUUCCUUGUUUCUCAUGCUGUGGAUUCUCAAAGAGCUGCAAAAGGAAAUCCAUACWCAACACAGGUGCUUUGRUAUUUUUUAAAAAACAUUUGCCUUACCUGAUGGAGGCUCAGUUCCUGAAUCCCCCUCAUCUUUGUCAUCUAGAAGAAAAUGAGGUUUAACAGCAUGAAAAUCAAUUUUACCUUCCUCAAAGCCACCAAAAAUGAAUACUCAAUAAAAAGAAAUAGAGAGCAUCAAGGCAUUUGUUUCUCUUGUGUGUCUUGUCUCUAAACCCUAAGAGCAAACCCCGUGUAAAACCUGCUAGAGUACCCACUCCCCCUCUGUGGAUAUCAUUUUCAAGAAAUUAUGUUUAAAUAUACCUGUGAUUAAAUUGUCCUCAAAAUGUGUGCAACUUGUAUUUUGGACUUGUGUCUUACAAGUUGGACUCUUGUCAAGUCAGACAAUUUAACAUUUCAUUGAUUUUUAUCAAACAAUCGGCAAAACAUUUGAUAUUGUUCCUUAUUUCUCAUGCCGUGGAUUCUCAAAGAGCUGCAAAAGGACAUCCAUACACAAUACAGGUGCUUUGCUAUUUUUAAAAAACAUUUGCCUUACCUGAUGGAGGCUCAGUUCCUGAAUCCCUGUCAUCUUUGUCAUCUAGAAGAAAAUGAGGUUUAACAGCAUGAAAAUCAAUUUUAUCUUCCUCAAAGCCACCAAAAAUAAAUACAUCAAUAAAAAUACAUAGAAAGCAUCAAGGCAUUUGUUUCUUGUGUGUCUUGUCUCUAAACCCUAAGAGCAGACCCCAUGUAAAACCUUCUAGAGUAACCACGCCCCCCUCUGUGGAUAUCAUUUUCAAGAAAUUAUGUUUAAAUAUACCCGUGAAUAAAUUGUCCUCAAAAUGUGUGUUUGAUUGGUUAUAAAGAAAAAAAAACAUUGUUAUUCAAUAUUAGUUAUUCAUUUGCAGGCUAAACCACAUAAUAUAUACAGGGCCACUGAUUUACAUCACAAAAGUGUCUGUUGUGUUACACCUUUGUCCUUCAAAAGAUUUUGACACAUGUAAAACAGAAGAAAAUAAGGUUUCACAGCAUGAAAAUCAAUUUUAUCAUUUAAUAUUUUAUCAUGUAAUAUUUCAUCAGUGUUCAACUUACCAGGGUUUUCAUCACCGUUAAAACCAGUAGGCAUAAUUUGAUCAGUUCGAGUUUAUUCUGAUAAAAAUAACAAAGAACAAGAUGUAAACUUAAAUAAUUUAACUCACCCAGCCGACCCAGUGAUAUAAACCAUUGUAACCCUAAUCUCAUACUGAAAGAGUAAACUCACCUUGAAAAUAACAGUUAACAAAUCGACCAUAUCAUAACUUGCUUCAGAGCCUGCGUUUUUGAAAAUAACGCCUCCGGUAGGUUUCUUGGUUUGAAAUACUCCAGAGCGACCAAUCACGAUAACUCUUGCCCCCAGUUCGUCCGCGGUUUAAAGUCAACCAAGCUAAACAGCGUCGUUCGUCACGAGUUGGAAAUCUUAAGUCGAAAAUCGCCGCUCGACUCCUAAAAAAGGAAUUGACAGCGCAACUACUACUUAAUGCUAAAGCCGGUAUUUGUGAAGCAUGCAGUGGAGAGGUAAGAAGUUGAUAUGAAGCGCUUUAAAUCGAGAUCGAAACCCAGAAUGAUUCGUCGACUUCCGUUUAUUAAUUCAUGUGAGAAAUUCUUCACCUGCGUGCAAAAAAUAAAAUGAUAUUUAAUUCCACUAAAUAGAGACCAUGAAGAAAUACUUAAACAGAAAAAAAGAAGUGCGAUUAUUGUGAUUUAAGCUUUAUAAAGAAUACCAACAUAUUGCAAUAUCCUCCGCGUGAACUCUAGUCACGUGAGUCCAAUCUGGAACAAGAUGUUGGUUCAAAAUGUUAUUGAUCUCUAAUAGAUUUAUAGUUUUCUAGUGACGUCAUCCAAUUCAUUCCCGGUCUCCCUCGCCCAAGAUCGCCCUGAACUCUGAUUGGUCUACUCGUGGGGUAUUUAAACCUCGAGUGUCAUAGAGACAAGCAUUUUUAGCGCGUGGUUUUGCGUCCUGUCGUGUCGAUAGGUGAAAUACGUGCAAUGGAUUCUUUGCUUUCCUACGAAUCCAGUUCUAGUAGUACCUCUGAUGGCGAGGCAUGGACCGAAACACAACCCCCUAUGACAAAACGGGCCAUCGAGCAAGCGCCGCCCUUUGCAACCCUAGAAGACGACGCGUUGAUGGACAGGUGUGCUUCAGACUCUGAAGUAAGCGAUUCUAACGAUGAAGCCCCAAAAUUCGGUUCAGAGCGAUUUCAUCCCACAGAUGGAGAUCAGCUAGACGAGAAUGAAUUGGAAGAACAGCACCAGCAGAACUUCGGCAGCAGAGGGGAGACAGAAGCCUUCGGUGGUGGUGGAAACAUGCAUGCUACAUUUCCCUUGCCAGUUGGAGGAAAGAGGAGUCCUUAUGCGCUAAAUAUCCGUGAUCUCAAUGCAAGGAUGCGCGCUUUCUUGGCGUCGGUAAAGACAUACUUCACGCAGAGAGUAAAUCUGGAAAGGCAGAAGGCCCCGCUUUGCCCUUCGACUUACGACAAAGCCCAAGAAAGAGUACUUGGUAUGUAUAUGUUGUUGUAUGUCUUUUACUCAGUUCGCUCACAGAGGCCGCACGCGCGCGUUUGAUUGCGGUAAAAGGUAUACGCGGCUGUAAAUGCUUCGUUCUUAAAGCGUGUUUUGGCCAAUGCUUUCUAGAUUAAUUCAAAUAUUAGUUCAAACAAGCGUGGGAAAAAGGGAAGACGCGAGCGGGAGCGGUUCUUCAAACCAGAGGUGCGAAAAAUUUCUUUUGUGUUGUCUUGGCCGGUAUUACGCAUUUUUCGUCUUUAAUCUCUAGUCAGUUUUACCUACGCAAGGACGGUUUUUCCGUUCUUUGUAGUCGUUCGAUUUAGCGAUUGUAAAAAAAAGACGAAACAAAAAAAUCAAAAAAAGACCAAAAACGAAUGCGUAAAACAUUGUCUUCUCUGGGAUGCGCGCAGAGUGUGAUGGAAAAAGGGAAGACGCGAGCGGUUUUUCAAACGGGAGGUGCGAAAAAUUUCUUUUGUGUUGUCUUGGCCGAUAUUACGCAUUUUUCGUCUUUAAUCUCUAGUCAGUUUUACCUACGCAAGGACGGUUUUUGCGUUCUUUGUAGUCGUUCGAUUUAGCGAUCGUAAAAAAAAAAAAGUCGAAACAGAAAAAUCAAAAGAAGACCAAAAACGAAUGCGUAUAACAUUGUCCCCUCUCUAUGUUAGGUUUUCUGGGAUACGCGCAGAGUGUGAUGGAUACACGAGAAUUGAGCCCAGAAGUGUUCCUGCGAGUAACGUUCAUCGAAGGCUACGUGGAAUUUCUGAAGGAAAAGCGGUGUUGCAGUUCAGCGACAGUCUCCAAUCACAUAAGUUCGAUCUUGUACCCGAUCAAAUUUCUGCAUCGCGAAGAUGCGCCCAACUUCAAUAAUGUGGCGAUCAUAAAGCAGUUGAGAGUUCAAGCCACCCUGCUCCAAAAAGAGGGCGACCUCGACCGUCCAUCCAGCAAGGAGGACUUUGAAGCGCAAAAUCGCUGGCUUCCUUGGGACCAGGUUGUGAAAACAGUAGCGACACAACGGGAACGCUUUGAGCUUGCUGGUCCGAUGAAAGUGAAGGCCAGAGAAUGUUGUGACCUGGUAAUGGUGAGCCUGUAUGUUUUCAUCCCGCCAUCCCGAGGCCUGGAAAUCCGAACGCUGGAAGUCCUUGGCAAUGGUUACGACUUUGAUCAGGCUCGCUUUAAAGAUCGAAACGCUGUGGUGAUGAAGGACGAUGGAGUCAUCUUGCACUUUCAUAAUUACAAAACCAGGCGGUUUUCAGGCAGGGAUGAAUUGGCGUUGGAGAACGACCACGAACUUUGCCAGAUUCUGCGUAUGUAUGUGAAAGACUUCCGACCGCACCUCACCAAGGAAGGAAGCGGAGAUUUUCUGCUGUUGAACAAAAAUGGAGAUGCCUUCACUUCAGCUGCAUUCUCUGCCCACCUGAAGAAUGUGUUUUAUGGACUUACUGGAAAAUUGGUCUCGGUGAACAUGCUUCGGUCCUCAUUCAUCACAUGGGCCUAUUCUCAAGAGUAAGUUGACAUUCCUUAGAUUUAGAAUUUGUCAAUAA